AUGUUGAAAACAAUUCGUCUUCUUCGCCAGCACUGUCUGUCUUCCGACGGUGAAAUCCUUCUCGAAGUGCGCUCCAACCCUGUUGCUCUCCCUGCCGCUGUCAAUUCCAUGGAUCCCUGUGUUGCCGUUUCCCUGCCAGUAUUUGUCAUUCAUGGAGGGCAUGACCAACCCACAGUCCAAACAGGAACAGGCCGUGCACGUGCAGCCCCUACUUCCUCUCUUCAUCUUCUCGCACAGGCUGGACUUGUGACAUAUUUCGGUCAAUCGCCGUGCUCCACAAACAUUGAGGUUGCCCCGAUCCUCUUGCAGAAAGGACAAAAAAGGUUGGCGCUGUACGGCUUGGGAAAUGUAAGUGAUGAACGCCAUUUGCAUUUGCAUUUGGAUGUGGAGGGAUGCCAUAAAGACGUUGAUGAACUCAACGACCGUGUACCCUGGUUUAAUGUGUUUGUGCUUCACCAGAACUGCGCUACCGGCAGAUCGUCGACGAGGGGCAUUCCAGGCACCCUAUUGCCAGCCUGGCUUAAUUACGUAGUCUUGGGGCACGAACACGAGAGCAAGCCUGACGUCAGGCGAUCGAAACCAGUAAUCGUGCAACCAGGCUCCACAGUUGCCACUUCACUGUCCGCGAGAGAGGCCAAGCAGAAGCAUGCAAUUUUACUCGAGAUACACAAAGAACAACUCGUCAAGCAUGUCCCCAUCACACUGUACACAGUGCGAAAUCUCCACGUUGAAGAUAUUAUUCUUUCGGCACAGUCAGGGUUGUCCCAGACAGAUCCGGAGGGGCUGAACAAAUGUUUGGAGGAUACUGUCAACGACAUCAUCGAGAGACAGCAGGCUUUCUUUGAUCGGGUCGUAGCGAUCUUUCGAGUCCGGCAACCACUCAUCAUACUGCGAGUAGAAACAACCGGCAAAUGGCAACUGCCCAAUCCCACAACAUUUGGUCAGACUUACAUUGGUCGAGUAGCAUCACCGGGAGAUAUGCUACAGUGUUACAGAAGCGAGAAGGAGAACAAACUGAGAAGACAAAAUGCAAAGGCCCCAUUCCAGAGGAAGGCAUCUGCGAUGGCGAGCCAAGACGAGGAGGGCCUUCCUCGCAGUCGUCGCCGCGGCGCAGAAAUUGUCAUCGUGAUAAGUGAUGAAGAGGAAAACACGCCCUUUUCCGUGGGCGUGAGCGAAGCUUUCCGUAGAAAGCCUUCGCCUGGAACAGCUGAAUGA